AUGGUGGGUGAAAUGAAAAGCUCAUUGGAAAGUCUCACCAGCAGAGUAACAGCUAUUAAGGACAAAAUCAAAGUCCCUUUGUUGAAUCUGGGCAAGAAACUGAGUGUACCCCAAGACUUGAUGAUGGAGGAACUAUCACUACACAACAAUCGAGGAUCUCUCCUCUUCCAGAAGAGACAACGCCGAGUACAGAAAUUCACCUUUGAGUAUGCAGCCAGCCAGCAGGAGGUCUUGACUGGAGGUGCUCAGGAGAAAGUGACUGGAAGAGUGGAGCAGAGGACAGUUGCCAAUGGCCCAGAAGAGCAGACCUACUUGUCAGACCUGCACAACUUCAAGGGUUCUCCUGGGAACUCACAGCUGAUAGGCCCUAUGAAGGAUGCCUAUAGCCCCAGUGCUCUGGCACCAGGUUAUGCUGAGCCUCUGAAGGGAGUUCCUCCUGAGAAGUUCAACCACACAGCCAUCCCCAAGGGUUAUCACUGUCCAUGGCAGGAGAUGGGCAGCUCCAGACACUUCCAGAGCUAUGUAGGAGGUCACAUCCCCCAUCCUGCCAGCUAUCGAAAUUUCAACAAGACCCCCAGUGCCCCUUUGGAGGACCCCUGGUGGGGGAUAUCAUCCCCCAAAGCAUGCACUCCCCUUCAUCUCUCGGAGCUCACCAGUGGCCUGGAAUUCCUUCGUCUCAGACCCAGUUUCCAACAGAGUAGCCACAAGGCUGGGUCCGAAAACCUUCCAGAAUCUGAGGAGCUAUAG